AUGAUCGCGCGCGCGUUUGCCGUCAUGCUCUCUCUCGCCGUGCGCGGCUCGUUCGCCGUCAGCCCGAUCGUCAAGAGCCCGAUCGGCACAAACUGUUCGGCCGUCAAGAGUGCGUACAAAGAGUACGACUGCUGCGACCUCCCUGGCGAGACCCAGAUCACCGAGACGCCAGAGCUUUGCCCAGAUGUCGAGACCAUCAUUUCCUACGAGGCAAAGGUGGGCAUCUACAACGAUUGCCCGACGGAAGAGAUCUUCUACUCCUACCUGGCCGACAACCCCUCGGCCCCCGGCUACACCGGCUGCGUGAGCGAGGACUCGCUCGAGCCUUGCGGCUGGGAUGAUUACUACACGUACGACCGCAUCACCAACACCUGCGACCAAAUUGCCUCUGUCAAAACCGCCCUCCAAGUCGUCCGCGGCGGCUCGCCGACCCACUCUGCGGACAUGCUCCGCCUCACUGAGGCCGAGACGCUGCCGUCCAUUACCUUCCCGAUGAUGCCGAUGACGUAUCCAAACGUCAGGACGGACGCAUCCAUCCCGGAGUUCCAGGCGCGCGAGCGCGGCCACUCCCUCCUUCACGGCAACAGGCAGAGCUACUUCGGCCGCUUCCAGAAGGAGCGAAGCGAGGUUGUGACCUACAUGAGCGAGUUGACCGACGGCGCUGUGGCCCUGGCGGACGUGCACGCAAAGGUGUGCGAGUACCACAACCUCGACCCGUCUCAAAUUGCGGCACCCACCGAGGGUGUGUUGGCGACUUGGAACAUGGCAUCGCCGUGGGCCAAUGCGGGCUGGCACUACUGGACAGACGCCAACCAGCUCCCGGUGCUCGAGAGCUUCCUCGUCGACCAGAACAUCCACCUGGUGAAUGAGGCCUUCUCACCCGUACCGUCGUGGGCGGAGGGCGCCAUCGUGCUCGCCGACCAGCUCUUGGAGGGCCUCUACGGCAUCACACCGCCGCAUGCUCCGCUCGAGUACUCGGCUCGCAGCUACGUCAGCGAGGACUGGGAUGACGCGCCGCAGUCUAUGGCGCGCAUGAUCUGCGAGAACACCUGCACGAAAGACGGGGAAGACAGGGGCCUUGCCUCGAUCUUCGCCUCCAACGGGAUGUGCUCCGACGGGGUUGACGGCUAUCAAGCGGUGUGCGAUCCCGGAACUGAUUGCGAUGAUUGCGGCGCGCGGCCCGCGAGCGGCGGCUCGGGAGGGGACGUAGCCGAGGACCCCGCGUGCUUCUUCGGGGACUCGCGCCUCCUCCUUGCCAACGGCAGUCGGAUUGCGCUCUCAAUGGCUGAGGAGCUGUUUGUGACGUGGAAGAAGUUCAUCAAGUACUUCGGCUCGACGCUCGACAUGGACGUCUUCACAGCCUACCCAACCUACGGCGCCGAGAUGGGCAUCGUCGCGCUGAUCGCGAUCAAGGUGCUCGAGAUGGCGCAGACGACCUGCAACCGCGACAUGUACGACUGGACGCAGGCCAUCAACUGGGCGAACCGGCGCGCAUCGAGCUUCUACGCGGGCGAGAACUGCACCUGCUACGCCGCGGGCACGUGCAACGACCCCACCAUCACCAUCUCGCAGCGCGGCUGGUCGCCGACCAAAACCACCCUCCCUACCGAGGCGGGCGACGACGGCGUCCUCUACACGCCCGCGUCGACGAGCAAGAACUCGCCGUGGUUCCAGACGAACGUCGUGCUCGGCAAUCCGAUCGGCCGCUACAAGGAGUGCGUGACCCCGCAGGACAAGUGCCUGUGCGACGGCGUCUACUACUUUCCGGCCUUUGCGCCGUCGGACCACACGCUCGGCGACGUCAAGUGCUACGGCUGGGCGAUGGCGAACACGAAGAUCUACUCCGCCCGGAUGCGAGCUGGCAUCAUGUUCCUGCUCGACACGCCCGAGGCAACGACAGCAGCCAGCGGUGUCUUCCGCACGAUCCUCUCCAUCGCCAACGGGCUCUACUCGCACAUGCAGCUCUUCGGCCAGAUUCAGGUGAUGAACACCAUCAUGGAGAAGCCGUUCUCCGACCCGACCUCGUGGAUCCACGCCCUGCGCACGCUGCAGCACGACAAGUGGGACCUCAUGGUGGACGCAUUCGCAACCUGCGAGGCGGCAGGCAUCGUCAAGAUCAAUUGGGAGGUGCAUGACACGCCCUACUUCGGCGCCUACAUUCUCUCGCACAUGAUGCCUGAGUUCCACGGCCUCUCUGAAAACAUCGGCCGCUCGUCCUCCGACUUCUUCAAGACCGUGGUCGGCUACGACCACUUCAACUACAACUGGGGCUGGCGUGGCGAGGAGCCCUCCGAGUACGGCGUCGGUCCAAACAUCACCAAGCUCGACUUCCACCGCACCCACCUCUUCCGCGCGGUAGACGUCUACGCGGAGGAGGCGCGGCGAAUGAAGCUCGUGUGCUCGGACCGCGACGCGCGCGUGACCGACAAGUUCCUCUCUGUGAACGAGUGGAAGGCGGUGCGCGUUGCAGCGGCAGCGAGCCGCCGCCGCCGCCUCGCCGCAAAUGGCCCGCAGGCCGACCACAGCGACCACGACACUCUCGCGAAGGAGCUCGUCGAGGCGGUCCCACGCUUCUCGAUGGGGCGUGCCCUGGCGCACCUUGAGGCAACCCGCGAGGCUCCGUCCAAGUCGUUCGAGUGGGAGUACGGCAUGCCUUCCGACGAGUCGGACUUUGCCAAGAUGCACGCCUCCUUCGCCUAGACUCCGGUGCAUCCUCCCUCUCGUCUCCGCGCCUCUGUCUUCGGCUGGAAUGACCCGAAAUUCACCGCAGGAGACGGGCGCACAAUGUACACUUCACACCGUACACAGCGCCACCACAUAGGAGAGCUGGCGAUCGAGAGGGGGGUGGCGGGUGGCGUCUCCGCCUUCUAGCCUUGACAGUCACUCCAGGGCGGGCACCCCGGGCUGCAAGGGGACGCCAGGUAUAUGUGAGCGAACCUAGUAGCGCGAGCCGUGACGCUUUGAUCUGACAGUGACGCGCGUGUCGAGGUGACGCGACGGGUGGUUGCCGCUCUGGUGUAACAUUCUUUGUACAACUUCACGCUCGAAUGCG